AUGGUAGUUUACGAGCAAGGAGAACCCAUUAAGAUCGAUUGCACCCAUUCAUUUACCAUGUCAGAAAAAUUCUCAACAAAAGAAGCUUUAUUGGCAUGGGUUCGUGAAGGGACAAAAGAACCCAAGGAUAAUGAAAAGGCUGAGUGGAAAUUGGAAGUUUAUAGUGGUAUUCACAACCACAACUUGUUUGAAAACUUGCACGGACACUCUUAUGCUGGAAGAUUAUCAAAGGAGCAGACUUCCUUUGUUCACACUUUGAAGAAAGCAAUGGUGAAACCAAUGACAAUUCUAAGAUUAUGGAAGGAAAAUGACCCGUCUAAUUUGAAAGAAGAUGAAUACCUCUCGUACCAUAGACCGAACGAGUUGAAUGCGGUUACCGACUUGUUGUGGAUCCACCCGAAAUGCAUUAAGUUGGCACAGUCGUAUCCGUACGUAUUCGUCAUCGAUUGCACGUAA